CCUGCAUGUCUCCUGUUCUCUCCGCCAUUCAGCAAGCCAGGCAUUGGCUUUCGGUUUCGUAUCUUUGAAAAUUCAGAAAUAGGAAUUAAGAUUGUAAUUCUGAAAGAAGGAAUGAGGAAAUGUUGAGAAAAGAGGUUAUCAAGAGGCAAAUUUAGGUGUAGGUUACCAAACAACAUUUCAGGUAACAAUUGAAAUAGAAAAUCGAUCAACAAUAUUGAAGUAAAACUUGGAGCCAAAUGCUGAGCGAGUUAUGAAAUCUUUGUUACUUCAUAAACAGCAACCUGUUCAGUAAUACUCAGCAACAUGUCGAAUGUGUAUAUAAGUAAAGCCUUAAGGAAAGACAUCCCUAGUGAUGCCAUUCUCUUGACAAGAGAUGAAGCUCUAAAAAUGCACUGGAAUACAAUGAAGGAGUGGAAACCUCGGACUGAUACGUGGCCAUUUCAUUAUGGAAUUGCGGCUUUGGCAGGGUUAAACGCAGUCACAACAAUAAACUUUGUCCAUUAUUAUAGAAGGAAAUUAAAUCUAGGAAAUUAUGGAAGAGUGACAAUGUUAUUGCCCACAGCCAUCUUACCAAGUAUAGCGUCUACGAUGAGUCAUUAUACAUUUGUAACAAACUCCAUAUUUCUGGGAGAAGACUGCCCGUUGUGUACUCAGACCAGGGCUGCGAUGGUGCAAAUUGCUGCUGGUGUUAUUUAUCCUAUAGUUGUCACUCCUGUUGCAGGUUUUUACUAUGCUAUAUCAUAUGCUACCUACAACGUACCUCCACUGAGACGAGAAUACCUGCCUGAAAUAUUUAAACUAUGGCUAAGCAUGACUCGGAAACUGAAGAUGAGACUUCCGAUAGCUAUUGCUGUGAAUGGAUUUGCAGCGUCUAUCUUAACCUAUUUUGAAGCAAAAUCAUUUUACAGUAUACAAAGUACCAUCUAUCAAAAAGAAGAAGAAUUUGAAAGAUUAAUGGAUGAAGGUUUUACUCAGCGUUAAGUAACAUAUAGUCACUGAGAAGUAUCUUGUAUAGAAUUAAUAAAUAGUAUUUGUUUUCAA